AUGAAAGCCGUCAUCUUAUUAGCAAUUAUUGCUUUGACUACUGUUCAUGCUGCUACUAGUGUUAUUACUGCUCCCUCUUGGGCCAGCUCAUCUGCUACUACAACUUUCAAUACUUGUGUUGGUGCUUUGACGGUACCCACUUGUAGUACUGGUACUGCCACUUGUCCUACUGCUUGGUCUACUUAUACCAGUUGCCUUGCUUGCACAUCAAACAAUUCUAGUUACAGUGCCUAUUUAACUUGUGUUACAGGUUGUGCUACAGCUUUUACUGGUGAUGGCUCUGUUACCGGUGAUAGCAGUGCUGCCCCUUUUGCUAAUGGAAUAACUGCUUGCGUUAAAGCUCUUAAUGGUUCUCUUUUGGCCUUAUCAGCUUUCUUCUUGGCUGUUUUCGCUUUACUCUUCUGA